AUGGCUGCAGAAGUGAAGCUUUUGGGAUAUUGGUCGAUCCCUUUCAGCCGUCGAAUAGAUCUUGCGUUGAAGCUCAAAGAAGUACUCUAUGAUUAUAUUGAAGAAGACCUUUCAAAAAAGAGUGCUAUGCUUCUUAAAUAUAAUCCCAUAUAUCAAGAAGUCCCCACUCUCGUGCACAAAGGAAAAUCAAUUGUAGGAUCUCUCGUUAUCCUUGAAUACAUUGAGGAAACGUGGGAUGUGUAUCCUUUGCUACCUAAGGAUCCAUAUGAAAGAGCACAUGCACGUUUCCUAGCAAAGUUCAUUGAUGAGAAGGUGUAUAUGGAUUUAUGGGUUAGUCGCAGAUAG